CAGCAGCUGAUUUUUAUUUAAGGUGGGUUGUGGUUGACACUGCGGUUUUUGAAGACACCUUAAAUGUCGAAGUGGGCCGGCAAACAUCCUAAAACUUAAACCAGAACUUUAAUGACCUCGAAAAAGUGCAAAGAAUCGAAAUGGGUGAAAAUUGGAACUUGGAUCACAUCAGAGCUCAGGCUGCCAACUGGACUCUGCAAGGCGAUGCUGACUUGCUAGAAGCACUUGUCAAAAUCUCCAAGGAUGUGGUGGAGAAAGCAGAGGCGUCCUCGAGAAAGGUGGACGAUCUGUGCAUCAGCCUCGAUCGAGCCAACUGCGACCUGCAAAAUACAACAAAUUCCUUCACCGCUCUUGCGAAUCAACAGUUCAUGGAGAACCGAGUUGCAGAAGAGGAACCAGUUAUUGCCGCUGAGCAGAGAAAAAUUGAGCCGGAAAUAAGUGCUGCGGAAAGAAACAAAAAGGUCCGAGAUGAAGUGCUGCGGAACAGCCUAGCGUUUUUAGAUGAGAAUUUUGAUUUCAUAGAAGUUCCUAAGGCAAACGAAUCUGAUGACGAGCAAUUAAAUAGCAAGCCCGCGUUUCAAGUGAAAAAUCCAACUCUCGGCAUUAAAAUACCCUUCGUAAUUGGAUCUAAGGAGUUUGAGGAGGACGAUUACAUUGGACUUCGGCCAGCAGCUGUGGCAGAUUCUAAAGAACCUACAAUGCCCGUUGAAGUGAAUUGGGGCAGCAGCUCAUUUGAUCCCUCAAUAUCGAGUGAGGAAGACGCACGGUCUGCGUCAGUUGGAACUCAACAAAGUAAUCAGUCGUCCCAGAAAUCCUCCUUCAUCAAUGAACUCGCAGCCACGGUCGGCGGUGAAUCGCCGUCUGAAGCUGAGGUCCAGGUUACGCAGCCCAAAUUUCGCUCCCUUAUGUCUGCUUACGAUCAAAGAGAGCCCCCGCCACUGUUUGGGGGACAAGAAGACGAAGAAGAGGGAAAUGACACAAUAUUUGGCUCUGGUGCUAAUCUUUUCAAAAGCGAUAAAAUCGCUGGAAAAUCCAAACUUGAUGAGGAGCGAGGAAAUCUUUUCGCUGACGAAGAUGAUAAUCUUUUUGACGAAGCUCCUCAGCCUAAGCAAACCAGCAGUGAAAACUCUGCGAGCAAGCCCCCUCUAAAGCUGCCCGCUGGUGCUGUGUCAAUUUUUGGCAAUAACAAGCCAAUGCUACCAAAGCAAAGACCGCCGUCUACGUCGUCUAAAGGCUCUUUCGAUGAACCAGUUCAGCCCGCUCAAUCUCCUGUUGUUAGUAAACUGGCCAGCCCGCUCGCUCCUACAAAACCAAAUAUUGGUCUCUUUGACGAUGACUCUGACGAAGAUUUAUUUGCUGCGCCGCCUGUUGUAAAGGAAACUCCAAGCAAAGUCGUGCUUGGAAACAAUUCUUCCAAAUCUUCGUUGUUCGGCGAUUCCAUGGAAGAUGAUGAUUUUAUAAAGCCGCCAACAAAUUCAAUCGCAGAUAAACCCCCUGCUAUCAACAGCAGUACAAACGUGAUUGGUGCUACAAAGCCAGUUCCUAAGAAGCUUUCUCUGUUUGGCGAUUCUGACAGUGACGAAGAUAUAUUUUCCGCCUCAAACCCAUCUUCAAGCAGUAAAGGUCUUUUCGGGGAUGAAACUGAGGAUUUGUUCAAACCAGCUAAAAAACCAGAAUCUGCUCUUGAAGACAUUUUCAGUCAGCCUAAAACAAUUGCGCCAGUGGAAGAAAAAAUAGUUACUCCGAAACCGGAAGAGGUGCAAAAAUCAAUAGUUAAACCGAAAAUUGAGGAAAAGCCUGCACCUAAAAUCGUUUCCACUGAUACGACUGAAAUCAAGAAGCGUCUGAACUUAGUGCUGACCAAAGAAACACCAAAAGUAGUCAAUUUAUUCGAAUCUCCAGAAACAGAAGAAAAGAAGCGACUUGAAAAACCUGAAAAGGUGCUAACUAAUCAACUUGAAGACACGGAAAAAGCUGCAUCUCAUCAGGAAUCAAAAUCAGCUCCCCCGCAAAGUGCCGUGCGAAGAGGACUCUCCCUCAAAAUCAACCCCCUAGCCCUGCUUCCCGGGAGCAAACCCCUUAAGACUCCAACCCCCUUGUCCCCGGAAACACCAUCCCCCAGUGCACUCAAGGAGACUCCCCCACUUUCCCCACCUGCAGAAGAAAUUUCAUCUCCCCUAGUGGAACACACUCCAGCCACAGAGGAGGAAACACCUGGCGAAUCUGCCAGUUUUGAUAAUGUCCCUGUUAGCAGUUCUCAACUUCUCCAUCCCGGAAAGGACCGAAUUAAAAUCAAGCAAAAACGAAAGCCACCAACUCGCAAGGGGAGACAAGCGUCGGUCGAAAGUCCAAGUGAUCCCAGCACAUCGAAUCCGGUCUCUCCAGCCACAGACGAGGACGACUUGUUCAUCGUUCCCGACGUUCCCCCAGCGAUGCCUGCGGAGGAGAAGAGUCCUCCGCCUGUUGUAAAAGAAGUGCCACGCUUUGGCGAGUUGGAGGUGAGUCCGUCAUCGAUUUUCAUGGAGCCGCCACCCCUGCCUAGCAAGAUUGAUGACCUCUUCGGCGACGAAGACGAUUUCUUGUUCAAUGAUCCCGUGCCGGCCAACGAACCCAAGGUGGAUGCUAGAUUAAGUUUUGAACCUCCACCAUUGCCGAAUGAAAAGCUUGACACACCAAGCGACGAUCUGUUCGCCAGCAGUGUUGCGAAAAGUCCGGUUGAUUUGUUUUUCGCUCCUGUCGCCAUGGCGCCACCUGACUUGCCAAAAGCGUCGAUUUCCAAUCAGGAAAGCUUAAAAGUGACGGAUAUAUUUGAGAAAGAUGACCUCUUUGGUCCGCCCAAACCCAGUGCAAUCGAAACUCCAAAAGCCAUCUUCAACUCUGAGCCGCCUCCUCUUGAAACCAGUGAUGACAUUUUCGGGGACGAUGACCUUUUUUCCGAUGCACUCUCUCCAAACUCUUCAUCAGAUUUGUUUUUCGAGACGCAUCAGUCGAAAGAGGAGCAGGCGAUUUCUUCGCCCGACAAAGCCGAGGUUUUCCUCACUCCAGACUCUUCGUUAGAGUUUAACAAAGCCGUGGAAAAUCUCGGCCCAGAGAAGAAUAUCACAGAUGACGAGCCUGCUUCUCUCUUUGACGAGGACGAGGACGACGAUGAUCUUUUUGGCGCACCAAUCAAAAGCAUAUCAACUCCAAAACCAGAGCAUAACCAGAAAGUGGUCAAGGAGAAAUCAGCCAGUCCCCCGACCCAAGUGAAGAACCAAGUCCAUGACCUGUUUGCUGAAGAUGACGAUGAUGACGACGAUCUUUUCGGCUCCGUACACAAAACGGUUCCCAAACAAGCGGAGAAGAUUCAAAAAGCAGAGCCGGCCUCUGCUUCCAAAGAGCCUUCUAAGGAUCUGUUUGAGGAUUCUUCAAAGCAAGAUAUCAUCAAGCAAAAGAAGGAACUUGUGAAGAAAAAAUCUAGCGCAUUGUUUGGAGACCUGGACGAUGAGGAAAACGAUCUGUUCGGCUCGUCCGUAGCCUCAAAGGCUCCACCAAAGCAGCAAGCCCAGCCAAAAGGGCAGGAGAAAAAGAAAUCCGAUGACCUUUUUGACGACCCACUUCUCGGUGGAAUGUGAAAAAAUGUGGAAAAAUGAAUCCCAUACACCAGGUGCAUUUUGUUGACAGCUUUUUGCUGACUCAAAGUUGAAGUUGUUAUUUUUCGUACCUAUAGUUACAAACAUGUGAUCAGAGAGGCAUUCCUCGGUUUGAUUCCAUAUGUAUUAAUUUAAAUCUAUGUCAAUAAAGUAUAUAUGAAAUGUUCGAGAAUUACGAGUAUUAUUGGCUCACUUGUUAAGAAUCCUCACGUUUUCGCGAGUAGGGCUUCCGUCGGCUCGUGCGGCCACCCCUGUCCAGGCAGCCCGAGCUCAGUGCUCUAAGCACCUUGGCCCGAGCCGCUAGGUCUGUAAGCUUAAUUCGAUUCAACUGCGUCCGCUUCAUUUCCGAAAUUUCAGCUUUUUCGCGAAUGACUCCGCUUUGAAUUUUUAAUUUCGCAACAGCAGCAGCAGUUUGAUCUUGUGUCGCCGCGGCGUCAGAUUUUAGGAAGCCAUGACUAAGAAGUACGAAUUCAACUGGCGCAUCCCGGUUCCUGAUUUUCUGCAGCAGGGAAUCGUCGGUGACCGCUGGACCGAGG